AUGGGAUUCUGUAUUAAUAGAGCAUGUCGUGUGUCCUCAUCCCCAUGUUUACAAUCAUUUAUCUCCUCAGUGAAGUUGGUGUUCUCCUGGUGUGAGGUGAGCAGAUUGGAGCGGUCCUCGAGUGUGUUGUUAACAGAGUGUAUCCGUGUGUGUGUAAAAGAAGAGGAUCAUUACUUCUCCAUGUUCCUGCGGCUGCAGCACACAUAUGAGCUCAUGCAGCAACUCGCUGACUAUGCCGUUGCACGUAUGUUUGACAAAGAGACAUACGAUGCACAGCACCCUCUUAGGGACCCGCUACACAUUACGCAAAGGUCUCUGGAGGUGCACAUGAGGAAUCAGGCUUUCCGAACCUUUUUUCGUCUUCCUUGCAAUGAAAAUCUGUGUGAAGUGCACGAGUGUUUACUCUGGCUGCCGUUCAGCCACAUACACACACUUGGGAAGAUCUGUGUGUCUGAGAGAUAUGCAUGCUUCUCUAGCCAAGAUGGAAACCAGUGUACUGUCAUUAUACCACUGUGUGAGGUUGUGAGCGUGGAGGUCCUGAAUCGCAGCAGUCGUUCACUGAGUGUGUGUGUACGUGGUAAACGAGCUUUCCGUUUCUCGGAGGUUCGUGAAUUGGACAAUUUGGCCUCCACCAUUCGCAAGUGUGUGACAUCAUCAAGUCCUCAACAUUCCCAUAGUGCUCAGCUCUCUCUGUGUGAUGAUGAGGAGGAGAUGAUGGUGGGUCAGGUUCCAGUCCCGGUUUCAGCCGUCAGCACUGAGGCUCUGAUGAAUGUUUUCCAUCCACAUGAUGUUGAAAAUCUUGACCCAAAAAUGCUGAAGGAGCGAAUGAAGGAGCAGUCGUGGCAGAUCCAUUUUGCAGAGUAUGGCAGAGGAAGUGCCAUGUUCCGCACCAGGAAAACGAGAGAGCUCGUCACCCGCGGACUUCCAGAGACACUGCGUGGAGAACUGUGGAUGCUCUUCUCAGGUGCAGUUAACGAAAUGGCCACACACCCUGGGUAUUAUGCGUCUCUGGUGGAUGAAAGUGUGUGUGUUAGCAGUUCGAUAGCGUGUGAUGAGAUUGAGCGUGACCUGCACCGGUCGCUCCCUGAACACCCGGCUUUCCAGAGUGACCGUGGGAUAUCGGCACUGCGCAGGGUGCUAACAGCAUAUGCUAAUCACAACCCUGCUAUCGGCUACUGUCAGGCCAUGAAUAUCUUGGCAUCUGUGUUGCUGCUGUAUGCGAGUGAGGAGGAGGCCUUCUGGCUGCUAGUGUCUGUGUGUGAGAGGAUGCUGCCAGAUUACUUCAACCGUAGAAUUAUCGGUGCCCUGGUGGACCAGGCAGUGUUUGAGGAGAUGAUGCGUGAUCACUUGUCCCAGCUGACGGAUCACAUGACCGAACUGUCCUUCCUCUCGUCACUGUCGUUGUCAUGGUUUCUGACCCUCUUCAUCAGUGUGUUACCGAUCGAGAGCUCGGUCAGCGUGCUCGACUGUUUCUUCCACGAUGGGAUCCGAUUCAUCCUCCAGCUCGCCCUCACUGUCAUACACCACAACAUGUCCCAUCUCCUCCGCUGCCAUGACGACGCUGAGGCUGUCACUGCACUCAACAGGUUUUUUGAUGGUGUGGUGAAUAAGGACAGCCCACUUCCAGCUUCUGUACAGCAGGCCACUGCAGCGACCAAUCACAGCGCAGAUCUGGAUACUGUCGACAUCAGCGACAUCAUCAGAGAGGCCUACGAGAGAUUCAGUGAUAUUACCUGGGAGGAUGUGGAGAACAUGCGCAAGCGCAACAAACUGUAUGUCAUUCACACACUUGAAGAGACGACAAAACAAAAUGUUUUGCGAGUUGUUGCUCAGGAUGUGAAGUUUGACAUCUGUCAGCUGGAGGAGCUGUACUUCCUGUUUAAGAGGCAGCACUUCCUCAGCUGUUACUGGUCAGUGUGCAGUCCGUCACUGCAGAACCAUGACCCGAGUCUGCCGUAUCUUGAUCAGUACCAACUGGACCUGGACCAGUUCAGCUCACUCUUCAACUUGCUGUUACCAUGGAAACAUGCACAUAAACACACUCUGGUGCACUCAGCCUUUCGGCUUGCCGACGACAACAGAGACGGACUCGUCAACUUUAAGGAAUUCAUAUGCUUGCUGGAACAUGCUGAUGAUGGAGUGAUAAGGAAAAGUCCAGAAAGAGCUCGUGGUAAAGUGGAUCUGCAGGAGUACCUGAAACAGUGGCAGGAUGAGUUACAAAAGAAAGAGGAGAACAUCAAAGACCUACCUCGAAUUAAACAGACAGAGUUUGUCCUCCUGUCUAAGACUCUGUACAACAUUUUCCAUGGCGAUGAGGAGGAGGAGCUUCUGUAUCGUGCUGUUGCUCGCGUAACCAGCUUGUUGCUCCGAAUGGAGGAGGCAGGGAGAAAACUGCAGAACAGCCCAUCGAGACCCGCACCACAGGCCACACCCCAAGCACCACAGGCCACACCCCAAGCACCACAGGCCACACCCCAAGCACCACAGGCCACACCCCAAGCACCACAGGCCACACCCCAAGCACCACAGGCCGCACCCCAAGCACCACAGGCCACACCCCAAGCACCACAGGCCACACCCCAAGCACCACAGGCCACACCCCAAGCACCACAGGCCACACCCCAAGCACCACAGGCCACACCCCAAGCACCACAGGCCACACCCCAAGCACCACAGGCCGCACCACAGGCCAUAUCCGUAACACAACAAGCAGGCAACACUUCCGCUCAGACACCCCCCCUGUCCACCGAUCAUUCCCCUUCUCAUGAUUCAGGCUCCGCCUCCUCAGCUACAAGCAGCCCUACAGGGACAGGCAGCUCAGCUCAGACCACACCCCCAGACACGCCCUCUCCUCCAGAUGGGGACAGUGAUUGGAGUUUUUCAUUCGAACAGAUUCUUGCCUCAUUACUGAACGAACCCUGUGUUGUCAGCUUCUUUGAGAGGAUCACAGACAUACACACAGUCAUCAUGUACGCACACACACACCAGCUCACAUGUGCACUCUGAAUACACACAAACACACACGCACACACACACACACCAGCUCACAUGUGCACUCUGAA